AUGCAGUCCCUUUAACGCCCUGAAGUGUCUCCAAGAAGCCAGCAGGAGGCUCUGAGAGCUGCUGAACAAGCCUGAUUUUGGCGGGGGAUGUUGCAGGAGUGAAGUGGUUGAAGGUCGCCCCGAAGGGUUUUGUUUUGGUGGGAUUACUCUCCCAUGUAUCAUGCAGGAAGUGAUAUUCAGACUCAAGACUCUCUGUUCGAGGACUGCGAGUAGUCUGUUUGAAGUGAGGCCCCGGGUUUUCCGGCUCCUGCGGUGAGGGAAGAUGCAGAGAGACCUGGGCAGCUUUCCGCUUCCACCCGGGAUCAGAGUCAAACUGAUCAGCUCCGGCUUCCAGAGCGCUGAGGAUCUGAGCGGAGUGAGAGCUACUGAACUCAGCAAAGAGUUGGGCAUCUCCAAGGAGGAAGCAUUGGAAGUCCUACAGAUUGUGAGACAAGAGGGCUCUGGAGAGGAAUCCCAACUGAGUGUGAAGUCACCAUCUGCUCGGACGUACACAGCUCUGGAACUCCUACAGCAGGAACAUGCUCAAGGCUCCAUCAUCACCUUCUGCUCUGCUCUAGAUGAAAUCCUCGGAGGAGGUGUGCCCAUUGGCAAAAUCGUAGAGGUCUGUGGCGCUCCUGGUAUUGGGAAGACUCAGCUAAGCAUCCAGCUGGUUGUGGACGCACAAAUCCCUGAAUGCUUCGGGGGCUUGGAUGGUGAGUCCGUGUACAUCGAUACAGAGGGCAGUUUUAUCGUGGAUCGAGUGAUGGAUGUCGCUGCUGCUGCUGUGCACCAUUGUCACCUGAUUGCCCAGUCUGGCCAGGAUGAAGUGCAACAAGAAGCAGCACGGGCCUUCUCUGCCUCUGGAAUCCUCUCUCGCAUCUACUACUUCCGUUGCCAUGAUUAUGUGGAGCUGCUGGCCCAGGCUCACCUACUCGCUGACUUCCUAGCAGCACAUCCAAAGGUGCGCAUCGUGGUGAUAGACAGCAUUGCGUUCCCAUUCCGCCACAACCUGGAUGACCUGUCGCUAAGGACACGGCUCCUGAAUGGAUUGGCGCAACAGCUCAUCAGCAUGGCCAAUGACCACAGUGUGGCGGUGGUGUUGACAAACCAGAUGACCACACGGUUUGGACAAGUCCAUUCCUCGUUGGUCCCUGCUCUCGGUGAAAGCUGGGGCCAUGCAGCCACCAUCCGCUUAAUUCUACGCUGGGACGGAAAGCUGAGGUUUGCCUCCCUCUACAAAUCCCCAAGUCAGAAGGAAGCAACUGUACCGUACCAGAUUACUUCACUUGGCUUUCGGGAUGUCCAAUCAUCACAGCCAGUUUCAACGUCACUCAACAAUGGGGAUAACCCACGUAAACGUCCAAGGAACAAUGACGAUGACGAUGGACAGUGACCCAGGAGAGUCUGGAGAUCUGCCCACUUCACCUAGUGGUUUUCAGAGACACCGCCGUGGAAACCCAAUGUGGCGGUUGACUGGAUCAUUUCUUGCCCCUCCCCUUCCCCCUGCCCAAAAUACCCAGUCAAGUAGCUCAAUGUGGGCUACCUCCGGGUCUGACUGUGUGAACUCUGCUAAUAACCUGCUGUUGGGUUAUAUGAAUCCAGUUAGAUUUGGAAUAUUGAAAGUGACUUCUCAAAGAGUUAGGAGCCACCAACCCGCACUGGCUGAACCUCCUCGAUGCUGAACUCCCUAUCUCAGCCACAUGGUAGUCAGGAGUCACUUGUUGAAACCCUUUUGCCACCUCUCUGAUUCAAGUUGUCGUACUGCUCAGUGCUAAAUGUUCCUUUUUCUUUCCUGUUGGGCUUCCUUUUAAGUAAAUGUAUUUUGUAACUAA